GGAGCAGUAGACAGAGAGCUCACUGUUAGCGGACAGACAGAAAGAUUUAGUGUUAAUGGACAGCGUGGGUAGAUCGCCGGACACACUGUGCAGACAAACUUCACAAACAGGGGAGGGAGAGAGAGAGCGGAUAGAGCGUGAAAGAGAACGAUAGAUUGACACAUCACCGUAGAGCAGUAGAGGAGUGUGAUGGUGUUGUGAUUGGACUGGGCAGCAUGAUACCGUGGUUUAGCCAGGAAAAGUGCAUCCGAGCCAGCAGGAGGCUGUGAGGACCCGCGCCAAGUGAUGGAGUACGAAGGAACCAACAGGCGGCCGCGAUUGGUCAGGAUGGAGGACCAUGACAGGGUGAGCCAAGCAUCCAGUGUGGUCACCAUCUCUUCUUUCCCCGUCAGAAAGGACAGCGAUGACAAGGUGCAAACGUUUGGGAAGGGGUGCAGAGCAGCCAGGAGAGACCCAAACUGUCCCGUCGUCAUCAGGGGGUGGCUCAAUAAGAAGGACAGUUCUGGGCUGAAACUCUGGAAAAGGAGGUGGUUUGUCUUGUCCAACUACUGUCUGUUUUAUUAUAAAGACAGCAGAGAGGAGUCUGUGCUAGGCAGCAUUCCUUUACCCAGCUACAACAUUCUCUUCUGCACACCACGAGAAUGCAAGAACAGAAAGAACACCUUUAAGGUGGUGCACCAGGGAAUGCGCUCCUACUUCUUUAGUGCAGAUACUCAGGAAGACAUGCUGGGCUGGGUACGAGCCCUCAGCCAAUCAGCUUGUAUGGAAUCCGACGGUUCCAUCAAUAGGCGUUGCUCGAGUUAUCAGGACUUUACACAGAUAGGUGGCAGCAGUGAGUCUGUGGAGCUCCUUCACUCCCCCUCUCUCAGAGAUGGUCUCUCCCAUAAUGCUGGUCACCACCACAGAUCCCAGAAGGAUCCAAGUCAGCUAACGGGGGGGAGGAUGGGGACUCCGCACACGGACCACAGAGGCAGGCGUAGCGGGAGACAAAGCCCUUCACCCAAGACGCCCAGCUCUCCAGAGUUCAGCAGAAAGAAGGCCUAUGUUCCAAACCAGGAUGAGGACUCUCUCCCCUUCCUCUCAGGUCCUCACACGCCACCCAAGCCUGGGGAAUUUAUGGGGACAGGUUCCUUGACACCGAGAGGUCAUUUGGGGUCGCGACCCCACACACCAGUGGGGAGGGUUGACAUACGACCCCAGGGUGACCUUUCGAUGAUGCCACAGUGCUAUGCGCCUGUGUCUCCCAAGCUGGAGUAUAAAUCCACUCCACAAACACCUGUGACGGAGAGGUGGCAAAACAUCAGUCAGCCCAUACCCACAUAUUCCUCCCUCCAUCAUAUCCCCACUGGAAGAAGAACUUUGUCCAAGAGCUACUCCACAGGGGCACACACAGACUUGUUGCCCCCCUUGCCCCCCUCGAAGGGCCCCCAUGCUUCUCACCACCCACACCACCACCACCACCAUCACCACCGCAGCCAUAUGUCUGUCUGUCUGCUACCGCCGGCUAUGCCUCCCAAACCUGACGUGUUUCAGGAGCGGGAACCUCCACCAGUGUUAUCUCUAGAAAGUGACGCAGAUGCGGUGCUGACUAGACUCUGUGGGUGUGACAAGCUCCUGCAGUCUCUCUCCAUAGAACUGGCUCAGCUGCAAGUGGACAAGGACAGCGUCCAGUGUGCUCUGGAGAUGACCCGGCUACAGCUGGAGGACUGGAGGAGCCAGGGGCUCAGAGGGCAGGAAGGAGCAAUGACCCAGAAGGCUUUGCUGCAGGAAGAACUGGUCACCAUCCGAGCCAGAAUGUGUGAUGUCUCAUUGGAGAUGGAGAGAGUGUGGUGUCAGUAUGAGAGGAUGGAAAGCGAGCUCGCUGUCUUCCGCUCACACCUCCAGCACCUCUGCAACUUCGGAAUGCCACAGGAACAGUCCCAAGCCCAGAGAGAGUUGUGGAUGAUGGAGGACAUUCUCGCUGGCCUCAAGGUCAACAGAGACCACUUCCGGGUCCUGCUGGGUCUGCAGAGGCACCAGGUUCCCAACUCUGUGUUCCUGAAGACACCCCCUCAACCAGGGUCACCUGGGUCUCCUACAGAGAGGCUGCAGAGCGGACACCGUCUGGAGGUGGAGCCCGAGCCUCCGGCCCGCCCCCCCUUGCCUCAGGGACUGCAGGGCACCAAUGAGAGGAGAGAACAGGAACACAUGUGGGCGGAGCCCAAAUAUGAGCACAUCCCUGUUGAUCCUUUGCACAGAAGAGGACAAAGCCAGCCUGACCUGCAUGAUGAGAGGACUCACAAAGACAUGUCUGAAUAUACAGACUCUCAUUCUAGCUCAAGAUGGACCACACCAGACAGUGCAUUUAAGAAGGUGCGGAUGAGUGAGGAAGAACAGCUUGAGAGGAUGAAGAGGAAUCAGGAACGGCUGGCCAAUAGGAGGACAGCCCCCCUGCCCAGUCCCCCUGGACACACACAGUGUCUCAGCUCUGAGCCUACAGAAGAGGUUCCAUUUCCCCUCAGGGUAACGAGAGUGGUCACAGCCGUCCUGCCGUCCACUCUGAUUGCCCGACGUGUUUCUGUUGAGGACCCCCCUCCCGAGCUGGUCAACACACUGCCUGAGCAGAUUCCCCAGGAGAUGCAGCAGAGACUAAGCGACCAGAGCAGGAACUUACUCCAUAAGAUGCCCAGAAGGCUGCCGCUAGAAACGCACGAUGCUAAUUCCAGCUGGCCGCAAGCGGAGAUGGUCCAGGAAGCGUCGGCCCAGAGGCUGGCCAAGGUCCUCCAGGACCUGGCUUCGGAGAGGCAUGAGCAGAACCCACACGGGCCUGGCAGGGCACAGCAGCACGUCCAGAACACGGCAAGGUCUUACAGAGAAGACCCCGACACGGAGCCUGAGCCGACCCCUCUGAGGGCCCCGCGGGGCCGCGCGAGGGCAGCUUCAGGAGACGGAGCGGGGAUGUCAGACUCCAGGGUAAGAGGGGAAGAUGAGGAGCAUGUCUCGUCCAGAGGGAUAGAGCCGGGCGAUAGUGAGGAGAAGGCUGAAGGGCGAACCUCUCUCCUUUUGACCUCUGACCUGGACCCUGACCUUUGUCUGACCCCUGAGCAAAGGGAGGCCAAGCUCAGACGAGUGGAGCGCAUCCGAGAGAGAGUCAUCAGGAGUGCAGUCAGAGAGAGCGCCGUAGCGCCUUGCAAUGGGCCGAUGAGGUGGGAGAGGAGGGAGAGACGGGACCUCCACAGUGUCCCCACGAGCCAAACCUCUGACGCGGCGAGGAAGAGGAGGGAGACGUCAGACUCUGGACGUCAUGACAACUGUGGCGGCUGUUGUGAUUGUGACAGAGGUGUUCUACACGUGUCAGAAACAGAAGAACCUGGAGCCCAGAGGAGGACAUCUCCAGACGAGAGGGACUAUGGAGACAGGCACGAGGCAGGCUGUAACAGCCAUUUGGUGAACAAAACACAGCACAAAGAACAGAGCAGCAGGAAGGGUAUCAUGAAACGUAAAAAGAAGGCUAGUCCGUCGACCAAUCACCACUCAUCAAAGCCUGUGUACCAGAGAGACGCAGACCACAGAUUCAACAUGACGGAUGAGGUAGAACGAGAGGGAGAUCAAGAGGAUGUCUCAGCCAAUGAAGGACAAGCUAGUUCUUCAUCCUCUAAUCUUAGAACUGAGUGGUUCCUCUCGACCGGUCAGUGGCAAGGAUUCAUGCCACUGCAGAACCAUGGCACUGAGCCUCUGUUUGAUGAGGGGACGUCGAUUGUUGACCCACCUCUGCCAUGUUGUGACACCGGAAUGGAUUCCAAUGAAGAUUGUUCAUCUGUCAGUCAAAGCUUGGAGAAGAUAAUGGAUAACCAUUCACUCUUCUAUAAGAUUGCGUGCGACAUCAAUCUCUCAGAUAACGAUAUUACAAUGACAGACGGAGACUCGAAUGUCCAAGCAUCCACCAAUCAAAAAGAGGUGGCAAUGGAGUUGACCAAUGAGGUUUUGAGGGCAGAAGAGGUGAUCUAUAGUGUGGUGAGAGCAACAGAACAGCAUGGAGAGAGUCCCGGUUGUCAUGGCACCAGUGCAACAAAUUGUAAUGGGAACAUCAUAACAGCCAAUAAGCAGCCAGAAUCCCCAUCAACGGACAAGGAUACACCACCAACAGUGUCUCCCGAGGAAAAAGGACGUGCUUCAGUCAAACCAGUGCAUGAACUGUGCAUAUAUGAGGAGAUUCAGGACAACCAUGGAUUGUUCAAACCAAAGGGAGAGGACGCAAGUCAAGAGAACCAGUUGAAAGUGGAGGAAGAAGACUCUUCUCCUUCUCCUGUAGGAUUAGACCCUGUCGUGUCUGAGCAGAACAAUGACCAUCUGACAGGUGAAACCAGGAACGUGGAGAUGGAAGGAGAUGAACCAGUGAAGGCGAUCGCAGACCAGGGCGUUUCUGUCGAAGUGAAGGGGAUUGGUAGGGAUCUAGACGGUAAGAAAGAGGAUGCCAAACUACACGAAGGCCUCAGAAGUAACACUGUUCCAAAAUGCAAAACAAAUUCAAAAUACGAGGGCGGAAUGGCGCAUCGAAGUGCCUCCUUUGGAACGGGAAGAGUAACAGUGUUACAUACCAGUCUGUAGAGGGCACAGAGGUGUGUGGACAGUUUAGAGUUUUGUCGAGCUGUAAGGGUGAGGUAUGUGAGACGUAAACAAGCGGCAGAGGAGCUUGUUUUAAGAGGAAAAAAACAGGAUGUAGAUGAAGAGAUGGGUGGCUUGGGGCUGUAUGGUUAAUAAAAAGAAAUGUCAGUUGUAUUAAGAAUGAUGCAGUAAGUAUCUCAAGUUAACUCCAGAGAACCAACACUGAAUGUUCUGUUGCAUAAUGAAAUUGACCAUGGUAUCUGUAUGUGCCUAUGUUGUAACCACAGUACUGUAAUGUAUUGAAUGCAGUAGACUACAGUACUAGUCUCAAACGUACAGUAGCCUAUGUAUGUCAAAUGUGUAAGGUCAAACAUCCAUUCCACUCCAUUACUUGUUUUAACAUCGAACAGUUGUCGGGUAAUUCGUUGGUCGCAAAUAACCCAUUCUCUGACUGAAACUUGUCUUUAUUGUGAAUGUGCUUUGUAUCCCAUAUGUACUAAUUAAUAAACAUGUGUGCCUGUG